GUGUGCGGUGCUGCCUCCUGCCUCAGGACCUUUGCUCUGCUUCCUCAUCCCCCGCCCUCGGCGGCAACACCGCCUCCGAGGCCCUACGGCCCACCCUGCCCGUCUUUCCCCCUCACCCCAUUCCCCUGCACGACCCUCGCCCUCGGUGCCGGGCACCCCUCCAGUCUCGCCCACACCGUGUGCCUAGGGCUUCGAGCGCAUGUGCACGCAGCUGGGACGCGUCGGACGCGGCUGCGAACGGACAGAGAAACAGCCCGGCCGGGGUGGGGGGGGGGUGUGGCCGGAGCCAGACCACAGGGGACGAAUCAGUGGCCUGGCGCGGUCACUGGCCGCCCCCAGUCCCCACCCUCAGCGACAGGGGGCAGAAGCCCAGGGAAGACGGUGUCCCGGCGCACGAGUGCACGAGUGCGACCGACCGGUGAGGACACACAGACACCCCCACGACCUACCGGGGUGUUUACUGGAAGGCCCGCCCGCGGUGGGGGUGCGGGGGCGGGGCCUGCCGGUUAUCGGGAAACCAGCUGGGAAGUUGCGACAGGCGAGGUCGGGCGUGGCCCGGCGGGUGUCUGGCACGCGUCUACGCGGCCGGGUCUGCUCCGCUGGGUGCAGCAUUUGCUUUCCACUUGCACCUAACGUUUCUCGUGGGCAAAAUGCACGCCAACGAACGGGACCGGCCGCGUGUAUGGGCCGCACGGAAACAGUGCACGUUUGCAAUAAGCACCGAAGCAAAACCCUCCGUGUUUGUGUCGGGUUCGCUCUGAGGACGAGACACCCCCACUCCCCUGCGGCCGGAAACGUGUAGCGCACUAUUCCCCAAACUGAGGCUCAGGGACCCAGACAGGCUGAAGGGGGGGUGGGGGCCCUAGGGCCCCCGUCUGAGGGACAUGGGCCUCAGGCCCCUUCCUCCGGCAGCACUGGGGCGUGGGGACCCCGAGCCUCAGAAGCCCGUAAUCGGGGCCAGGUGUCAGGCGCCACGUGCAAGCCUGACCUCGCAGUGACCUUCACAUAUCAUCGAACCGGAAGACAAACUGGAGGGUGGGUGCGAUCAGCCCAGCCCGCGGUGACCGCACAUUCCCACGGUCACCGGCCAGCAGAAGGCGAGCUGGGCCUAAAACCAGGCCCUCUGUGGCUCACCACUUCCCUCUGUGCUCUUGGAGGUUCCUGAUAAGAAUUCCUUCGGAAAGGUCCGUUGCGAGUGUGCUAAGUGAGGGCCGGGCAGAGGCCGACUCCUCAUCCCUCGCCCCACCGCCCCCACCAGGAGCAGGUCGGCCCUGGCUGCGGGGCGGCAGAGGCACCACUCAGACCCCGGUCCAUUGCAGGGGAGGCUCACGUGGCACGUUGAGUGGGCACAGCCCACAGGAGGCGGGUGAGGGGUGGGGAAGCUCUGGGGGAGGGGCCUAAGGCCCAAGAGGUGCCGUGGGGGGUGCCCCAGACGAGGGCUGGCGGAGAGGCUGGACUUCUGGAGGCCGAGAGGGUGGAGGACGCAGCAGAGACAGGCGGGGCGGGCUCUUGCCGCCUGAGGGCUCGUGAGAGAAAGUGCUGGUCGUGGACUCAGGGACACGAUACAGGCUGCUGCACCUUGGGGCUCACCGGGGUCUCGGAAGGGCACUAGGGGGAAGAGAGGCAUCGUUACCCCAUUGGACAGAUGGAGGAGGCGAGGCGCAGGGAGGAGACACAGUGAAGCCGCAGGCAGAGCCUGCAAGAGGGGGGCGGCUCGCAAGCCGAGGUCUGAAGAAGGAGGAGGAAUCGAGGAGGGUCAGGGCUGGCGGGGAGGCGGCUGGGAGGCCCACCCCUGGAGCCCAGGGUCCGGAACCCCGCCGCCCGCCUGCAGCAGCCCCGGCCCUGGGCGCCCCUAGCCUGCAGGCCGCCUGGGCUCUCCCCUCCUGGCGCCUUCCGAACAAAGCUCUUUGUAGCUAACGAGCUCCAGAGACCGACAGAGGCCUCCUGGUCUCCGCUGGCCCCUCGGCCCUUCCUGAGGAGCGACCGAAUGGACCCGUGGGGUUGGUGACCAAGUGACACUCACAGAAGAAGACGCUGCCUCUAGCCAAGGCCUGGAGAGACCUUCCCCUGAGGCACCCCUUCCCAGCUCCGGCUGGUCGGGCCCUGCCUGGAUGAGCGGGGCCAUCGCAGUCCUAAGGGGACAACGUCAGGAGGGGACAACCGGUCCCUCAGAAACCUAGGGGCACAUCCUCAGACACUCAGCAGGCCAGUUAGCGCCUGCCUUGUUUCUUCUGCCAGCAUAUCUUCUCCAGCUUCAUGGGGAGAAUGCUUCUAGGAAAAACAAAAUUUAAGGGUUGAAUAAAAACUGUAUUCACACAUUUGCUGAGCACCUACCAUGUGCCAGGGCCUGUGCUGGACUCUAGAAUGCAGACAGAGUGGAGACCGUACGGCGGGGCCUUUGUCCUCUCCUGGGACACCACCCUGGGUCUUCCCUCUGAACAGAACCGAGGGCCAGUGGGGGGUCAGAAAGACCCCCCUCCCCUGGCAGCUGUGGGAGACACACACACACACACACACACACACACACACACACACACACGCUGCCUGAGCAGGGGUGAGGCUGGAGGCAGGAAGAGCAGGUCAAAGAGCAGGCUCCAAGACCUGCACCAAGCCCCAGCCCCAACCGCUGGGAAAGGUGGGAAGACCCGACUGGCCGUGGGGAUCCGGGCGCCCCGGGGAAGGUCUGGACCAGGCACCGGACAUGGAGGGCUGUGCACCGGUGUCCCCACCUGGAGGGCGGAGACUGUUACAACACUGCCCGGCACACGAAGAUCACUGGUUACCCACCUGCAGUGCACCUAGGCCCUCUGCUGGGUGCUGGGGAGCUACAGCACGCCCACGUCACCGUAAAGUGAGCCCAACAGCACCAGCAGCCAAGUGCACAGAGCCAGGGCCCACUGGGCCAGCCUUGCCUCUGGCAAACCCUGGUGCCCUCCUCCCGCCCGGGCGAGGCCCGGGGCCCUGGGCAGUCUCCAGGUGCAGAGCCCCGACUCGGGCUGCACCCAUCCCGUUGCCCCGGGGCAUGUCUCUACUUGCCAAUUAUGAGGGGCUCCGGCAUCAGAUCGAGAGGCUGGUGAGGGAGAACGAGGAGCUAAAGAAGCUGGUGCGGCUCAUUCGGGAGAAUCACGAGCUCAAGUCGGCGAUCAAGACGCAGGCGGGCGGCCUGGGCAUCAGCGGCUUCAGCGCCGGGUUUGGCCAGAUGGCGGCCACUCCUCAACACCAGGGAAACUGUGUCUUCCUGCCCCCGUCCCCGGCAGCAGCACACGAGCCCGUCCUGGAAGAAGUGGGCGCUGUGGCUCUGGCACCCCUGGCCGACAUGCUAAACAGCCCGCAGCCCGGCCCCACGGCAGGCCCCAUCGUGAGCCCCCUGACGGGCCCCUUCAGCACCUUGCUGCCCGGUCCAGGGCCCAUGUCACCGAGCGGCCUGUUCUCCAGCGUCCUGACCGGCCCCCUGACUCCGAGCAGCCCCCUGGCCAGGCCCCUGGCAGUGGCCCCAGGAGGCACACUGGGCGGCUCCACGGGCACGGUCUCCACCGGCCCUCUGACUCCGAGCAGCACCCUGGCCGGCCUCAUGGCAGUGUCCCCAAGAGGCACACUGGGAAGCUCCAUGGGCCUGCCCUCCACCGGCCCCCCGACUCCGAGCAGCCCCCUGGCCGGGCCCCUGGCAGUGGCCCCAGGAGGCAUACUGGGCAGCUCCAUGGGCCUGCCCUCCACCGGCCCCCUGACCCCGGGCAGCCCCCUGAUGGCACCUACGACAGGCACAGUGGCCAUCUCUCUGAGCAGCCCUCUGCUCACCUCCACAGCUGCCCCUCUCGGUGUUUCUCAGAACCUUGUGGCCAACCCCGUGAGCAAUCUGGCGCUGCCGGAGGCCCAGAGGGUGCGGCUGACAGAGCCGUUCCGAGGAUGCCCAUCUGGACCCCAUCCCUCCGCUGGAGCAGGGCCUGCUGGCACCACCAAAGUCCCAAUGUCCACUGAGCACCCACAGCCGACCCAGGACCUGGAGCCUCUCGGCGUGACAUUUGUGGGCGUGCCCUUGCACACCUCUACCCCCAUGGAGACCAAGGGCGCAGCUGGCCCCGGGACGGCCUUCUCCUUCAGCACCUCGGACGCCCGGGCCCAGCCCGGUGCCCCCCAGGGACAAGCAGUUCCUGCCCCUGCCCCCGUCGCCCCUACUGCUGCCCCCCAAGCUACCACCGACUACGCCUCCCCCGGCACCACCCACGUUGCCCAGUGCCCACCCCCGUCCCCCACCCGGGCACACCACCCCCCCACCCAGCCCUCAUCCACCCCCCACUCCCCUCCUCGAAAUCCCCAUUCCCCACCUCGAACCUCGUCCUCCCCGGCUUCAGUCAACGACCCCCGGGGUCCACGCGGCACAGAAACAUCUCGGAAAAGCAUGGUGGAGUUGGAACGGAAGCUAGCCCACAGGAAGAUCAGCAAGUUUCCGGACAGCCCCCGAGAGUCGAGGCAGCUGGCCUGGGAGCGGCUGGUGGGGGAGAUCGCCUUCCAGCUGGACCGCAGGAUCCUGUCCGGUAUCUUCCCCGAGCGCGUGCGCCUGUACGGCUUCACCGUCUCCAACAUCCCAGAGAAGAUCAUCCAGGCCUCCCUGAACCCCAGCGACCACAAGCUGGAUGAAGAGCUGUGCCAGACACUCACGCAGCGCUACGUAAGCAUCAUGAACCGGCUGCAGAGCCUGGGCUACGACGGGCGGGUGCACCCGGCGCUCACCGAGCAGCUGGUGAACGCCUACGGGAUCCUGCGUGAGAGGCCAGAGCUGGCCGCGUCCGAGGGCGGCUCCUACACCGUGGACUUCCUGCAGCGCGUGCUGGUGGAGACCGUGCACCCCAGCAUGCUCACCGACGCCCUGCUGCUGCUCUCCUGCCUCAACCAGCUGGCGCAUGACGAUGGCAAGCCUAUGUUCAUCUGGUGA